AUGUUAUUUCCUAUUUGGGUCUACCCAUUGGGAAUAGUACUAAUACCUCUUGUAUUGGUGACCGUUGCCUACAAGAAGAAGAAAUUUGAUUCACUUCCAACCACCAAACCCAAGAUUUGGUUCCUUCCCAAAUACCAAUUCAAAGUAUGGGACAGUAAUACUAACAAGAGUAUCCAUCCCUCCUCCAUCCAAGGACGAAUGAGCCAUCUCAGAAUAGUUGAAACGCUCACGGACCCCAAUCGAUCCUCCUCUUUCUUGGAACUACCACGACAGGAGAACAUCAACAAUCGAAAAUCAGACGAUGAUGCUAUUCUACUGCAAGACGAUGAUAACAACGAGCUUAUUUUUACUACCAAAACUGGAUCACGGUAUGGGGAUUUUAGCCUUGAAUUUGUGAAGGCCAAAGUUUCUAUUCAACCCCAAAAGAAUUUGAUCAGAGUUGAAUAUGAUGCUAUUUGGGGUGUGGCCUUUGAUACCGGUGAUCUAUGGGAAUUUGCUCAAAGGAUUAAAGCUGUAUUGGACGACAAUAAUGAUAACCAGUGA